AUGACCAAGAUGGUCUGUGAGACUGACGAGCCCAAGGAAGAUGGUGCUGAAGGAGAUGCGGAUGAGCCCAAGAAAGGUCAUGGUGGAUGUGGUCAUGUACAACUGGCCAUUAGGAAAGAAGGACUGAAGCUUUUCGUCCAAUACAAGAGACCCAAAGAUGAGGGUGAGGAUAGGUUUAUACGAAUGUUCAAGAAGAUGUCAGACUCCGACCUUCAUCUAAUAGGUCUUUCAGAUGAGUAUGCUCAUCCUGAGUGGAUGAUUCUCACCAUUAUGCCUGUCCCGCCUCCACCUGUCCGUCCCAGUAUAGCAGUUGAUGCCAGAUGGUGGUGCUAUGCAGAGUGA